GCUGUGCACGCAGCGUUCACAGCCUAGCCGAAUAGCUACACUCAUCCAGCGCACCUUCAACAUUCCCUGCAACACAGAAAAAUCUACAAUUUCCGACAUGUGAUAGAGAAAGUCGGUGCAAGAGCCGGUGCGCAGUUUUUGGGAGCGGAUGCAAUUGUGCGUGCUGCGGAACUACUCAAGACUAAUAGGCCGUCGUAGAAGUAAACGAAGUGGUUGGCAACUCUUCUGGUCUGUGAUUGCGCCGCCACUGGAAUUCGAGCAACCGGAAACAAGAUGCCGGUGACGCUGACGCCUGGCAACGCCUCGGCCGCGCUGAAGACUGCUGCAUUGGCUACAGUGAUCUCCGUCGGCUGGGCGGAGCUGAGUCGCAGAACUACGCGGAUCAUUGGCCACACGCGCGGAGCUACACUUCUCGACAUCGCACAUCUUGUUUUAUCCUUGGUGACAAUAUUCCUCUACGCGGCAAAGUCUUAUAUUCUCUGGCCACAAAACGUACUUGUCCCCAUGGAUCAAGCAGUUCUACUCAACGUUGCUGCUUGCGACUGCAUCACGGCCAUCACUGUCGCCAUCGUCUGCCUGGUGUCUCUGCAAAGGUUCUUCGGCGCCCAGUAUUCGUCCUCAUGCUUGUUCCUUGUGGUGGCCAUCGUGUUCACGGCAUCGGCUACGGAUGUGUGUGGAUUUCAAGCGAGGCUCGUAGCCUCCACCUCACUUACAGCCGAAGGCGAUUUUGCGACAAGCCUUCUCAUCCUGAACGCCCUGAUUCCUUGCGUCACUGCCGGGAACCUGGUGGCCUGUGGCCUUCGUGACACCCUCGUUUACAGUCGACGUUCCGGCAAGUUCCAGGUGACUGGGGAAGAGGAAUCCUAUUCUCCAUUAGGACUCUUCGUCUGUAUUCCUAUACACAGAAACCUCAAGAAUAUACUCGGGAAAUCCGUUACCAGGGUUCGCGACCUCAUCAAGCCAAGCCUUCACAGUUUGUGUGCAAGGACCGUAAGAAAGCUUUAUGGUGCUGUCCGAAAGGGUGCAUCCUCCGGAAGCCAGCGCCGCUUCAUGUUCGGCCUCUUUCGUGUCGUAUGGCGCGACUUGCUGUGGAUUAUCAGCUCCGGCAUAGCCUACUAUCUUGUCGUCAUCGGAAGGGCCAUGGUGCUGGAGUCUCUCAUUGCUGGAACAUCGAACAUGGCGUCCAUGAUACUGCUCUUCGCGAUAUCGUGUCUCGCCGACGGCGCUCUCACUUGCUACAUGAACCACAAUGCUCUGCGGUUCACGGAGAAGGUGCAGGUGCUCACUCAAGGGGCGAUUCUCCGAAGGGUGUUGAACUACUCUCCAGCGGAACGUGCUAAGGUUUCCUCUGGAUACAUUGUGUCAGUCAUGGGUGUCGACUGCACCAUCCUCGCGUUCAGUGCCCAGCUCAUACUGCUACCGGUGUCUGGCUUGCUAACCUUGCCAAUUGUCAUCUACAUGCUGACAACUCGAGUGGGCCUGGGCCCAGGGCUGAGCUGCGGGUCGGUACUACUGGCCGCGCUGAUUGGAUUUUGGAUUGCGGUGGUGUCCUACUACAGCCUUCAGCGGCGCAGCAUGAAACUUCGUGACGACCGGCUGAAGUCCAUGCUCGACCUCCUCAGUUCCAUACGAACCGUGAAGAUGUAUGCGUGGGAACAAAAUCACCUCGACUCCCUAAAACGCCUGAGGGAGCGGGAGUUGAGGCAUGUUCUCAAAGUCAACAUGAUCAAUGGAACGGUGGACGCCAUCUACAGUGCACUGAGUUCUUUGUUGAUCAUAAUAAUGUACGGGGCGCUGGCUCUCCUGGACCCGACUCGACUCCUGACGGCUUCCGAGGCAUUCUCUUGUAUAUACCUCCUAUCACUGAUCGAAGGUUUCUGUGCUACAUUGACGAUCGCCAUGAGGACAAUAAACUCGACUGGCAUUGCCCUCCACCGAGCGGUGAAGUUAUGUACUGGAGAAGAAGCAUCUGAUGAUCCAGUUUUCAUCACAGACUCUUGCGUUCAAAAAGGUGAGGUGCUUUUGCAGGACUGCACCUUCUCCAGGACCGGUGACGAAGGCUGCCAGCCGGCUCUUAAAGGGAUAAACCUGAGCGUGCCCCCAGGCUCACUAGUGGCCAUCGUUGGCUUCGUCGGCAGCGGAAAGUCCACGCUUCUAGCCGCCAUCUUGGGAGACCUGCACCGCGUCGAGGGCACCAUCCGCAUCAGCGGCACCAUCGGUUACGUGCCGCAAGCUGCCACGGUAUUCAACGCCACAUUGCGAGACAACAUCCUAUUUGGGAAGUCAUACGACCCGGCCCUCUACCGGCGCGUGUUGGAAGCAUGCGAGCUAGUCAAGGACAUUAACUCCUUUCCUGCCGGAGACCUGACUGAAAUUGGCGAAAAGGGCUACAACCUGAGCGGCGGUCAGAAGCAGCGCGUGUCUCUGGCACGGGCUGCCUACCACCAGUGCAGUAUCUACGUCCUCGACGACCCGCUUAGCGCGCUCGACCCGCAAGUAGGAUCCAAGGUCUUCAAAAAGCUUCUCGGCAAGAGCGGGAUGCUCAGGGACAAAACCCGGCUGCUGGUGACCAACCAGGGUUACCUCCUGAAGCACGUCGACCAGUUGUACCUGAUGCAUGGAAAGACGGGCGUGUCAUACAGCCGCCAUUCAGAGCUACUGAAAGAUCCAAGGGCACCGGCUACCCUAACGCUCGGAACGCCAGGCACUGCACUGCUGGAACAGGAGAAAACCACAGAAGCCUACGACGCCAAGGAAGACCAAUCUAAAGGAAAAAUUAUCAAGGAUGAGAAGAAUGUUUCGACAAAGAGCGCGUCUGAAGUUAUGUGGGCCACACUCAAGAUGUGUGGUUGGUGCCUGUGGCCGGGAGUCUUGUGCCUGGCAGCGAGUGCUGCAGCUGCGUCCUGGCAGUUGGUAUGGAUCAAAGACUGGACGGAUGCCAGUGCGCCAGGAAGCACCAGGAACCCCUAUGACCCCUACUGGAUGCAGGGACUGGCCGCUUUAUCCGUGGGCGCUGUGGCCACCCGCCUGGCUGGCAACGUGCUGCUGUCAUUCGCCAUAAACCGGCUCUCCCGGGUGCUGCACCACGACAUGCUCGAACACGUGCUGUUCAGUCCGGUGUCGUUCUUCGACGCGACUCCGCGGGGCAGAAUCCUGAACCGGUUCACCUCCGACCUCAACGACGUGGACACUCGCAUGGCCGUGCUGGGCCGCCAGACGAUCCAGAACAGCCUGGUGGCCCUCUCGCGGCUAGCAGUUAUAGGCACCGAGAGCCUUGCCAUCAUCGGUGUCGGCGUCGUCGUGUUAGUCAUUUUCACAGUCGGCUUAAGUGUCCUUACUCGUGCGGUGAAUGCGACGCGCUACAUCCGGAGUGCACACUUUUCGCGCGUGCUUCAGCACGUGACGGAGACCGUCGACUCGCUGACCAUCGUGCGUGUGUUUGGUAUGACGGAGCGCUUCUAUGCGCGCUUCUGCCGCCUGGCGGACCAGAACCUGCGUGUCUCCCUCGCCUCGGUCACGUGUGGCAGGCUAACGAGGACGUUCGCUGUGGCCUGCAGCCAGGUUAUCGUGCUCUGCACACUGCUGUUCAGCGUCAUCGGAAUGAAUCCGGACGAUGUGUCGAGCUCGAGCAGCAUCGGCCUUUCUCUCAACUCGUCUCUGUCGAUUCCAUCCAUGAUGAGCAUGAUCUGCAUCACCUACUUGGGGAUGACACAGAUUAUGGUCGCUUUGGAGCGUGACAUAGAGUUCACGGAGCUGCCGAAAGAGGUGGAAGUCGAGAAGGUCGUCGUCGAGUCACGAAAACGUAGCAAACCAGAUUCCAACGGCAGUAGUUCCUUGACUCCGGUGCACCGAAUCGACUCGACUUGGCCUACGCACGGAUGCAUUGAGUUCCAAGACUUCUCCGCCUCGUACAGGCCUAUGGUGCUCGAGGAUUCGCUCAAGCACGUCACAUUCACAGUGCAUUCAAAGCAAAAGGUUGGCAUCGUAGGUCGCACUGGCGCGGGCAAGUCAUCCCUGGUACUAGCCCUGCUGCGAGUGCUCAAGAGCACCAAUGGGCGGAUACUCAUCGAUGACGUCGACAUCGCCUCCGUGCCGCUGCCAAGGUUGCGCACAGCCAUCACCGUCAUCCCUCAGGACCCGAAUCUUGUGCGGGGCACGCUCCGUGCCAACUUGGACCCCACGCAGAAGCACUCGGACGACGAGUUGUGGCAGGUGUUGCGGCAGGCCAACCUCGCCGAAUUUGUGUCCAGGCAGCCGCUCAAGCUGCUGCUCGAGACCGGAGAUGGGGGCAGCAAUCUGAGUGCUGGGCAGCGGCAGUUGGUGUGCUUGGCUCGCGCCCUGCUGCGAAGACCCAAGAUCCUGGUGCUGGACGAGGCUACCUCGCACAUGGACGGUGACACAGACCGCCUGAUCCAGGCGACACUGCGGGACAGCUUCGCCAACUUCACACUGCUCACCGUGGCCCACCGGCUGCACACCGUGCUCGACUACGACAGGAUACUCGUUAUGAGCGAAGGCACCGUCGUCGAAUAUGGAACUUUGGAUGAGCUUCUCAGCGACCGCACGUCAAUGUUCUACGACAUGGCAACCAAAGCGGGAAUCGUGCCCAGCUGCCUUCCGGACAAGGAUCUGCCACCUCUUUCAGAGCCUAGUACAACACACUUAUAAGAGGACGCCGCUUCGCAGUGUACAGGAGUGCCUCGUUGAACCCACAGAAGUAGUGCACGAACUGGCUCACGAGCUGUACAAUUCUUGAAAAGUGCGCGCUUCUAUAUUGCUUGGAGGAAAUUGCACCACAUGAGUGCUCACACAGCAUGCGUGAAGCAUGCUCAAGGUCAUAAGAAAAACGUCUCGGAUGUUGACCAUUUAUUUCGACACAGAUACCAGGCAGUGGUACCUUUCUACAGAGCGUCACUGAAUUCAAUAGCUCAGAAGCGUGCAUCGAAAUGUGUCCUUGGUUUGAAAGAGGUGAUUUUUUUUUAUGUUCGAGAGUCUGCAGCCACUGAAUGCUUGUCACUCGUAGGCGUCGACACAUCCACUGACGCUAAAUAGUUGCUGCAAACGUUCGCAUAACCCGAAUUUCUCGGUUUACUUCCUCAAUAAACUCGAACUUAGGAACAAAUUAUUGCAAAUUUUGAGUGUUAUCAUGUAAUAAAGACGUGCUUCGGCA